UUAACCGGGGAAAUUCUAAUUCCCGCCGAAAACAAAAAUCGGAGACAAAAAGUGGGAAGAGAUCAAUCAGAGAGAGUCAAAGACGAAAGCUUUAGAAAUGGAGGAAGAGCUCAAGAGCUUGAGCAAAAGCUUAGGAGGAUUCUGCAAUCAUCUUCAAAGUAGUUGUGAUGCUUUCAAUCACUCUCUCCAGCGUCGCCCUAUUCCUCUCGAUUCGGCGUCAUCCACGUUCAUCAAGGGUCUUAAUCGUCGAAUCUCUACCGCAGCUUCCGAGCUCAAUUUUCUGGAAUCUAUGUCUUUUGGUACAGUCUCCUUCGAGGAGCUUCUGGGUCACUGUAGUCAGAUCUACAAGAAUAAUCAAGACGAUCUUUUGAAUCUUCAGGACCGGCUCACAGAUUUCGGCUAUGUUCCUGGUAGAGAUGAAGAAUCUGGCUUUGGAGCAUUUGGCCAGGAGGAUUCAAAGCAUUCGAAUGAUGAUUUAGAGUCUCAUUCAUUGCAAUGUUCAAUCAAAAAAGGAUUAGACGAGGACAAUCUUCUAGAUAAUUCACUAAAUUUGAAGAACCUUGGGCUUUCAGAUGCUUGUCUUGCCUAUUUAGCUACAGAAGUUAAUGAUAAUGUGAAGGAUCCUGACACGUCUUUGAAGGAAUCAGUGAGGGGCAAACCAUUUGACACAAGUGCUCUACCUCCUCCAAAGGCGUCAGAGCUUUCCAAUGAAGAUGAGUAUGCAACACUAGAGAUGGAUAGAACUUCAGGGCCUACAUUAACAUUGAUAAAAGAAGAAUAUGAUAGUCUUCCCUCUUUUAUGAAGUCUCUAGCAUCGUGGGAGGAUCUGCUCAGUGCCGUACAGAAAUUCAACUUGGUCCUCGAUAGCAAGAAAGAAAUAAACGGAUCUUACUACUUCCGAGCAGAUGAGAUUCCGACUCUAGGACUUGGUAGGUUCAAAUCUCCCUCAUCACAUCUGCUUGUAGCACCACUAGCACUAGGCCAUAAGGAGAAAGCGUAUACGUUACUGCUGACGCGGAUGAAGAGACUUGUGGUUGAGACAACGGAUGGUGUUAUAUCUUAUAGAGUUGCAUAGUAAUCCAAUAUACAGUAAUGUUUUAC